CUCUCCGCGUGACGUCAUCAUCACAACAAAGUGCCAUGACAGCCUGCGGUGGAACGGCGGAUCGGCUGAGGAGUGAAACCGAGGUUGUUAUCCAAAACGCAGAGCGCCGUUCGUCUACCGGUGAUACUGAUCUCCUGAGUUUGUAAGCUGCCGGGGCGUUCGUCCACCUGCCCGCCAGCGAGCCGGAGACACGGGGAACAGGAUCGGGAAGCAGCGCGGAGCGGGCGCCGCGGAGAGAGUGGAGAAGAUGUCGGCCAGCCCUGAGAAGAGCUCCACAGCCCAGGAGCUCAAGGAGCAGGGGAACCGCCUCUUCCUCUGCCGCAAGUACCAGGAGGCGGCCACCUGCUACAGCAAGGCUAUCAACCGCAACCCGUCUGUGGCGGUGUACUACACCAACCGCGCGCUGUGCCACGUCAAGCUCCAGCAGCACGACAAGGCGCUGGCCGACUGCAAGCACGCCCUGGAGCUGGACGGCCAGUCGGUCAAGGCCCACUUCUUCCUUGGCCAGUGCCACCUGGAGCUGGAGAACUAUGACGAGGCCAUCGGGAACCUGCAGCGAGCGUACAACCUGGCCAAGGAGCAGAGGCUGAACUUUGGCGACGACAUCCCCAGCGCUCUGCGCAUGGCCAAGAAGAAGCGCUGGAACAGCAUCGAGGAGAAGCGCAUCCACCAGGAGAACGAGCUGCACGCCUAUCUCUCCAAGCUGAUCCUGGCCGAGAAGGAGAGGGAGCUGGAGGACUGCAGAGAGAAAGAGGACGACAAUCAGAACGGCAGUGACAUCAUGAAGAUAACAUCCCAGAAUGACAAGUAUCUGAUGGACAUGGACGAGCUCUUCUCUCAAGUGGACGAGAAGAGAAAAAAGAGGGAGAUCCCAGACUACCUGUGUGGGAAGAUCAGCUUUGAGCUGAUGAGGGAGCCAUGCAUCACGCCCAGCGGCAUCACCUACGACCGCAAGGACAUCGAGGAACACCUGCAGAGGGUGGGUCACUUCGACCCGGUGACCCGGAGUCCUCUGACCCAGGAUCAGCUGAUCCCCAACCUGGCCAUGAAGGAGGUGAUCGAUGCCUUCAUCCAGGAAAACGGCUGGGUGGAGGACUACUGAGCCUGGACACUUCUCCUACUCACCCUCCAAACCCUCUCCUUCCCCCUCCCUCCUACUCUGCUCCUUCUCUUUACCCCUCCUCCUUACUGAGAGAAGAGGCCAGACAACUCCUCAUCUUCCUCACCCAUUCUACAAAGGGCGCCUGCCCUGGCAGGCUCUUUCUUUCUCUCUCUCUUUCUCUGUCUCUCUCCCUCUCCCUCUUUCUCUCUCCAUGUAUCCCGGUGUGUCUCUCUCUCUCUCUCUCUCCCUGUGUGUCCGUCUGUCCUAGGCUGUCCUUCCAAGCCCCACGCUUCACCUCUGCAUUCCUGUCCUCCCCUCACAUUCCCUCGCUCUCUCUCUCCAACUCUCUCCUGUGUAUGAAGUCUCUCAGGUCUCUCCAUCCCUCCAUCACUCUCUCCACUGUGCCUCGUUCACCCUCUCUCUUUGUCUCUCACCCCUUCCUCCCCCUCUGUCGUCGUGUCUAUGAGCUAAACAUGUCUACAAUCACAACAGACAAUUCCAACACCAACUGAGUGGAUUAAGGCACAAGUCUUUAAGAAAACAGCCACUCUGUCUCUCUCUCUGUCUCUCUCUCUCUGUCUCUCUCUCUCUGUCUCUCUCUCUCUGUCUCUCUCUCUCUCUCUCUCUCUCUCGGUCUCUGUCUCUGUCUCUCUCUGUCUCUCUCUCUCUCUGUCUCUCUGUCUCUCUCUGUCUCUUUCUCUCUGUCUCUCUCUCUCCCUCUCUCUAGUGCCACAGUCUUCUGAGUCAUCAGUGCUGCACGUCUGUGUUUGUGCUCACAAUGGUGAUAAAAACACUCAUACAUUUUAAUAUUUUACUAGAAGGGUCGAACUAUCACCCGGCCGUCUCCCACUCUGCUCCAGUACUCCCUGGCUGAUAUCGGUUCUUACGACUGUGAAUCAAACAUUAAUUACUUGUGUUUGAUCCUAACAAUAUGGUCUUGCCAAGGUGAACGUCGCAGACAAAACAAACCCGUUUUUCAACAGAAAUCCUUGUUUUAAGGCGGGUUCCAUGGUUUACUACGCAUGGAUCCCCUACUCUGCCACAUGGUCUGAUUAGAUCCUGGUAGUCCUGCGCCUGGGGCCCCGGUACUGGCGGCAGACCGGCCCCCGGCGGACUGGCCACACGUUGAAUGUAUGCUAGCUAGCUAAAGCGCUAUGGAGGAGGGUCACAUCCUGUUGCUGCGGGGCUGUUUCACAGAAGGAGCGUUGGAAGAUAAGAGUAGACCGAGGUGGGCUGCUUCUCUCUGAUGUCGUGAAACCCCGAGGUGAACUGAAACAUGAUCCUCUGAAGGGGUAGAAGAUGUGUCCUUGGUUUUAUCUGGGCCCUUGUGGCUUCUCCCAUCAAAGUUUUUUUCAGGCGUACCUCAACUGACUACAUAAUACCCAUGAUGGGAGGGACAGAAGCCUCGCUCUUCUCUCCGAGCCCAGGAGAAACUGGUUCUCCCUGUGUCGUCACAAUCAGCCACAAGAUGGUCACCUCAUAUCCUUCAUCACCCUCCCCUCCCAUAAUCUCUUGCUGUGACUCCGAUGCUGAAUGCAGGACUCCCUCCCUGGGCAAUCACCCUCUUACUCUUCAGCUGGGUGGGGGUCUGGGGAGCCCGGGAACUCUGCAAUGCAACCACAGAUGUUAAUGGUUUUUAGCCCACCCCCCCAAAAAAAAAAUCAUCCCACCCAUUUUAGAAGUGCUGGAGUUGUUUACAAUCCGUUGCGUCCCUACCUUGGAUACACUGCGGAGGUAAUCUGUGUGAAAUUUGGAAAGCAUAAAUAUAUAUUUUAAGUUAAGCACUCGUGAGUUUACAGGUAAUUGUCCUCGAAGCUUCUCGGCUGAUGGUGUGUGUGUGUGUGUGUGUGUAUGUGUGUGUGUGCGUGUGUGUGUGUGUGGUGUGUUUGGCCCACUGACUUCUGGGGUACCCCCCCCCCCCCCCCCCCCCCCCCCUACACACACACCUUCCCCUCCCCGCUGGUGUAAAUAAGUGCUUGAUCUUGUUCGGACUGUAAUCUCUCUUACUGCUUUUCUUCUUCUUUCGUUCUCUGUUCCUUGGUUUCUGUACGGCUCUCUCUGCGUUUGAGGAACCUGUAUUAAAUGUAGAUAUGUUGAUAACAUC